AUGUGCUCGGUCAAAAUACGAGCGCGGCUUGGCUGCAACCUAGCCCUGCUGAUCGACCGACAGUUCACCCAAAGAAGAAACAAAGAAAUGCAAGCUGGUCACGGAGCCAUUUCUCCGGACAAGCCCUUGCCAGACGAAAGCGGAUAUUGGGACCUACCUCCGACGCCCCGCAACCCGUUUCCCUACCGCAUUGUGUACACGGAGAAAACGAGGCCACUACGCCCGUCGGACUUCGCCGACAACAGCUCAGCCAAUUCUCUUCGAGGCGAGAAGAGCAGCUCAUCGGAAGGCACCUUGACAGACACGGACGACGACUCAAGCGCCGCCGUGACACGGCCUCUCCUGAGCGCGUACGCUUGGAUCACGGUGCUCAGCGCCGCCUCGGCCGCCUGCCUCUUCGCGCUGAUGCUCGUCCUGGUCGUCAGCCAUCGCACGAUGAAGGCACCUACACCGACUCCCGAAGAGCCAGCCGUGUUCAUCGAUCCCGUGGAGUUUGUGGCAAAGGGCGGACCCGACCUGCUCACAGAUGACGGUGCUGGCACCGUGGCGGAUACGACUACGAACGCACAACCUGGAACGGAAUUGGCACAACACGCCGGAGACUACCGCACCAUUGCCACGGAAAAGCGGCGGCCGCGCUAA